AUGGAUAAAUCAGGCUACAUUUAUGUUUCUGAUUGGAAGAAAAACGAAGUGAAACGAUGGCAUCAAGAGGAGCCGGCUGGAGCGAUAGUUGCUGGUGGAAAUGGCGCUGGUGAUCGAUAUGAUCAACUCAAUUAUCCCACUUAUAUCUUCGUAGAUGAAGACUAUUCGAUCUACAUAUCGGAUGGUGAAAACCACCGUGUUAUGAAAUGGACGAAAGACGCCAAAGAAGGAAUUCUUGUUGCUGGCGGAAAUGGACGAGGUAAUAGUCUGAACCAGCUGAUUAAUCCUCGAGGAGUACUCGUCGAUGGUUUGGGUCAAAUCUAUAUCGCUGAUAUGCGUAACCAUCGAAUCGUUCUCUGGCAUGAAGGUGAUGCAGAAGGUUCGAUUAUUAUUGGUGUACACGGGCUGGGAAAUUCAUCGUAUCAGUUACAUCAUCCAACUGCUUUAGCAUUCGACAACGAAGAGAAUCUUUACGUUGCUGAUUGGGAAAAUCACCGAAUUCUGAAAUAUGAGCAAAAUUCGCAAUAA